AUGUAUUUCCUUAUUGCUAAUACGAUUGCCUGCAUUAGGUGCACAUCAGCAGAACAGGGGAGGUGGUUCUAUUCUAUCUGCCACCGGAAUGCAAAUUAUCUCCCAGUACUAGCCUCUAACGCUGACCUUGGGUGGGUGGAGAAUAUUCUGGGGCCGACUCUCCGCCUCCCCGUGGCCGCCAGCGAUUGUGGAAAUGACCUCAGCCAGAUGAACUAUCAUUGCUGGAAUGAGGCCUGGAUGAGCAGACCCGAUCUUCCUGUUGGUUUUGGAGGAUGGCAAGUGGUGGACAGCACACCUCAAGAAAACAGCGAUGGUAUGUACCGCUGUGGUCCUGCCUCUGUCCAGGCUGUUAAGCAUGGCCAUGUUUGUUUCCAGUUUGAUACACCAUUUGUUUUUGCAGAGGUCAACAGUGAUCUUGUGUACCUUAAAGUCAAAAAAGAUGCCACUCAUCUGGUCGAAGCUGUUGAUAAAACCCACAUUGGGAAAUUAAUCCUGACCAAAGAAAUUGGUGGAGAUGGAAAUCAGGACAUAACUGAAAAUUACAAAUUCCAAGAAGGCAAAGAAGAGGAGAGACUUGCUCUAGAAACUGCUCUGAUGUAUGGGGCUAAAAAACCUCUUGACACAGAGGGCAUUCAUGAGUUCAAGGCUGAUAUUGACAUGGAUUUUGAGGUGGAAAAGGCUAUUCUUGGGAAAGACUUCAAAGUCACCAUCACUUUCCGGAAUAGCAGCUCGAGACAAUACACAGCCACAGCUUAUCUCUCCGGCAAUAUCGUCUUCUAUACAGGUGUUGCAAAGUCAGAAUUCAAGAAUCAGACCUUCAAUGUGAAAGUGGAGCCCUACUCCUGCAAGGCUGUUUUGGAAUAUAAAUGCAUUCCAGAACAUGCAAGUGAACUUCCACCCAAUUCUACUUUGACGUGGGAAGAAGUGUGUCGGCCCUGGGUCCCUGGCUCACGAAAACUGAUGGCUACCCUGAACUGCGAUGCUUUGAGACACGUGUAUGGAGAGCUUGAGCUAGCGAUUCAAAGGAGGCCACGGGAAUAA